AAUUUCAGGCGAGAGACGGUCGAAACGCUAAAGGAAGGGGACCGCCCCUGUAGCCUAUUAGUCCUCGAAAAGGCACCUCCCCGCCAACCACUUUCUUUAGCCGACUCUGCGGAGCACUUUCCGAUCUGAAGUACACCUAACUUUCUGCAGAGCCCUUUCAGCCCUGAUUCGUCUUCAAACUAAAAUUAUCGGUCAUUUGGGAUAAAAUGACUCUGCGAGUUGUAAUGGAAGGUCCCGGGCCAUGGGGGUUCCGGCUGGUUGGUGGGAAGGACUUUGAACAACCUUUGACCAUAUCACGGGUCACGCUCGGCAGCAAAGCAGCCCAGGCCAAUCUGUGCACGGGGGACAUGAUCCUGGCCAUCGACGGGGAGCCCACGGAGGGCAUGACUCACCUGGAGGCUCAGAACAAGAUCAAGAGCUGCACGGACGAAAUGGUCCUGUCCGUCGACAGGUCCGAGUCCAAGAUGUGGUCCCCGCUGUCGUCAGAAGGGGGAAAAACGAAUCCAUAUAAGAUGAACCUGGCGUCCCAACCUCAGGAGGUGAAGCCCAUUGGCGCGGCGCACAACCGCAGCGCCCUGCCCUUCGCCACCGCCGGCUCCUCCCCCAAAGUGGUCACCAACCGCUACAACAGCCCCAGCGGCCUGUACUCCUCCGAGAACAUCCAGACCUUCCACAGCGCCGUGGACGACGCCAAGGCCAGUGCCGCCAACCCCCCGGAGCCCAGCAAAAAUGGUGCGGACGCUGCCCCUGCCAUGCCUGUGGUAGUCGCUGACUCUGAGGUCUAUAAGAUGCUGCAGGAGAAUCAGGAGUCCGAUGAGCCACCGCGACAGUCUGCUUCCUUUAAAGUGCUGCAGGAGAUCCUGGAGUCAGGAGACGCAGACAAGCCCUCGGGCUUCCGCAGCGUCAAGGCGCCCACCAACAAGAUGGGAGCGUCCGUGGGGAACGCGGACAAACUGCCUGUCUGCGACAAGUGCGGCUCUGGCAUCGUGGGCAUGCUGGUCAAACUGAGGGACAAGUUCCGGCACCCGGACUGCUACGUGUGCGCGGACUGCGACGUCAACCUCAAACAGAAGGGACACUUUUUCGUGGAGGAUCAGAUCUACUGCGAGAAGCACGCCAGGGAGCGGGUGACGCCGCCCGAGGGCUACGACGUGGUCACCGUGUUCCCCAAAUAGACCGCUCCCUCGCUCCCUCGCUCGCCCGCGCCCGCGCACGCACACGCCGCUCCCCCCCCCCCCCCCGAAAAAAACAAGCGGAAACGCGCUCGCUAACCGGCCGGCCGCGCGUCGGCCCGCCGACCCGUCUGCCCCGCAAGCUUUAGAGCGGCGUCGGAUCGCGUCGGCCCGCCCGACCGUUUCACCCCCCUGAACACCGCUGGGUUUACUGCCAAAAACCUGUCCCCUCAAUGUGCCAUUUUCAGGAGCCACAGCCCCCCCCCCCCCCGCCCCCCCACUCCAUUUAGUAAAACAGCAAUGUGGUUUUAGUCUCAUUGGGGUUUCGAACCUGUCCGGUUAGUUACGAGUUUUGUAUUAUUUGAGUUAUGAGUUACAUUCCAGUAAAUGGAGCAAAACUUUCAACGAGUGGCGAUACAAAGACACAAAAUGGACGCUGUAGGUUUUCUGACGCCCAGAAUGUUUUUUUUUUUUUGGAUUUCGCGAGUAAACCUGACUGCUCCGGUCCGGUGACUGUUUCAGGGACAGCCGGCGAGUGUGGGCAGGUUUGUUUAUCUCUGCUUACAUACAUUUCUCUACUGUAGCACAUGGAACAGUCUGUCUGCCAUUAGUAGCUUAAGUGAAGUUUUGCCUUUAGUUAAAAAACUGACGGUGAUUCUGACUUUUGAGAGCAGGAAGCCCGGGUCUUGUGAAAUAUCUGAGAGCGAUUCAGCCUGCGAGGUCAGAUAUCUGCUUUGGCACAGUUAUCUUCUAUACAGAACAAUACUGCCUUCUUUCAAAGUGCUGUCCAUAUUGCAAACAUACAAUCAAAUAAAUCUUUUUUUAAACCAAAA